AUGACGAGCGCCAGCAACUGCGCUCUUGUGCUGCUCCUCCUGGUUCCGGCUGUGCUCUCUCAAGACUACGAUGUAACAGACAUACAGUGCACGUUCGCCAGCGGCGGCUCAGGUAUCCGAGACUCCGUGUCAGCUCUCCUGAGAAAGCCGGAAGGCUUCCGCGGCGCUCCUCUAUUCGCCGACGAUCGGACCACUGACCCCAUUGCGGAUCCCAUCUGUCAAAUACGUCCAGAGUCUGAAGAUCCGACUGGAUUGUUAUACAGAUUAAGGAUAAACGAUUUCACAAAAUGUGGAGUUUUAAAAAGAAAUGGCUUCGUGCACGUCCGCAUCUGGUUCCCGCAGUUCCCGGGCGUGGUCAUGCAGUCCGAUCAAGAGCUAAUUAUCAUGUGCAAGCCGCCAGAACCCACCAUCAUCGAAAACAAGGCCGCAGGUUUUGCCGGUAGCUUUCCGCAUGGUGCUCGAGUCUCAGGAGUGGUCGAAGAAACACCGGGUCGUCUUGAGUACGAAGUAGCUUUGUACAAAGAAGCACCACCAUUAUCUCGACAUUCCAAUCACUCCGUAGACAUGCCUGUCGACCAGGCUGUUCCAAUUGGAACAAAACUUCAGCUUCGUGCACGAAUAAACCCUGACUCUGCUUGGCGACACAUUAAACUAUUAGAAGUAGCUGUCUCGCCUGACCCAGAUCGUCCCCAUGCGCCAGGUGCUGUUUUGCUGGUCAAAGACGGAUGCCGAAACAGAGACUUCGCUUCUAUUAUCCCGCACCAACCAGCUCGUUACCGGGAGCGUCACAACGAAGUUUUCUUGGACUUUGAAGCUUUCCUUCUAGCCUCUAUGAAGGAACGUUCCACACUCUGGAUACAUUCACAGAUUAAAGCAUGCAUGGAUGCUGCAGAUUGUCAACCAGACUAUUGCCUUGACUUGUAUGAGCCUUCAGGCCAUGGACGUCGGAAGAGAUCGUUACCUGAACCGAGCCACUCUCACAAUAUAACAAGUUCAUCGCUCGUCGCGGACAAUGGUUCAACGCCCUUCACGAGAUUCAAAGAGAAUCUCGAGUAUACAGUGGUGAUGCCUGGAGAGCUCUUCCAUAGAACGUCAUUAGAGGCAACUUGCGCGACGUCAAUGAUGGUCGCAGUGGCGCUCGGUGCUUUAUUGUUUAUGUCAGCUUUGUUGAUGUGCUAUCUUGCAACUAAACUAAAUUCAACGAUGCUAAAGAAUAGUAAUUUUCAAGCACCCCCUGGUAAAGGAUUUGAACAGAUAUUACGGGAGUUGGCACAGCAUUCUCAUUCUGACACCGGCUACACAGGUCGUCCCACCGUGCAAUGAUUAUAA